AUGAUUUUCAACGUCUUCCUUACCGGCCUUCUCGCUGCCGCUGCCGCUGCCCUUCCCCACUCCGCCCGAUCCGGAGAAUCCGGUGCCGUUGAGACCCGUGAUUCCGGCAGCGGCAGUCUUCAGAUCGUCAACAACAUGGGUACCGACGUCUACCUAUGGACCACCUCAUCCGAGGCUGGGUCCAUGGAAACUAUCAGCACCGGAGGUGACUACAGCGAAGGCUGGAUCACCAACUCCGACGGUGGCGGUAUCUCCAUCAAGAUGUCUACCAGCGAGAAUGAGGAUAGCGUCCUUCAGUUUGAAUACACUCAAGAUGGUAACACCCUGUACUGGGACAUGUCCUCCAUCAACCUCGACGCGUCUUCCGACUUCAUUAAGUCGGGCUUCACCGUCGUGCCCAGUGACUCCAGCUGCAAGACUGUUUCUUGUCCCGCUGGCGAUGUGGACUGCAAGGAUGCUUAUCAGCUCCCAGAUGACGUGAACACCUACUCUUGCUCUCUGAGCGCCGGUUUCACUCUGACUCUGGGAUAA